AUGAAUUUCCUGUUUGGCCCACGACGGGCCCAACCAGUCACUGUGCUCUCGGACAAAAUAGUUCCCCUUCGCUCCUGGGAUACGGCCCUGUCCAUGCGUGGCACAGUCCUAGAUGCAGCGUUAGUUUUCCGUGAUGUACUUGAUAUAUCCAAGCUUCAUACUGCUUUGGACCAGCUGUAUUCUACCGGGAAUUGGAGUCAGCUUGGAGCUCGACUUCGUUUGAAUGGUAACAAUGGGUUGGAAUAUCACAUUCCAGAACGCUACGAUGAUGCUCGACCGGCUUUCAUAUUCACCAAUGUCGUUCAUCACAUGUCCAUCAACUCUCAUUCUUUGGCAGCCCAACUCCCCGAGGCUGAUGACAAGGCCAAGCUCUGUGUCUCUCCAGAAAACUUCACUCCGCUUGUGCGAAGCGGUGCUACCCCCAAAAGGCUAGACGACUGGAUUUAUUCCGACAAUCCGCAGCUUUUUAUCCACUCCGUUAGUUUUCAAGAUGCCACCAUUCUGACUGUCACAUUCCCACACACUCUUGCCGAUGUCAUGGGGAUUGGUUUAUUCAUGAGCGCCUGGUCUGCUAUGGGUCGGGACGACCCUGCUGCCGUGCCGGCCCUGGAGAGCUUUGAAUCCAAUCCACUGACGGAACUUGGUCAGAGAACCCCACCAGAGAAAUAUGUAUUUUUUGACAGAGUACUAAACAAAGGUCAACUGCUUUUGUUUGUUGCUCGGCGUAUUGCAGAUUCGCUUUGGUAUCGCCAGGAGGAAAGACGCACAAUCUCCCUUCCGGUUAGGUGCGUCAAGAAGAUGCGCACCAAGGCUAUCGAGGAGCUUGAAAAGUCCAGUGACCAUGGUUGUACGGAGUCCAAACCUUUCCUAAGCGAGAGCGAUACCAUACUGGCGUGGUGGGCACGUACACUCUAUAUUGCACUUGGUCUGCUACCAAGUCAACGGAUUCUGCUGAACAACGCGUUCAAUCUCCGCACAUCGCUGCAUGAUUCUUUUUCGUCUCCUGAGAAUGCCUACCUGGGAAAUUGUGUCUGCAUGUCACCUACAUUUUUACAGGGAUCCCACCUCGAAGAUGAACCAUUAAGCAAAAUUGCUUGGAGAAUUCGACAGUCAGUAGCCUUACAACAGACGUCGGAACAGGUCGAGGCUGUCACAGCUUUGUUAAAGCAAACUAUGGAAAAGUCGGGCUACCUUGCCCUGAUCGGCGAGCCAGGUAUGUUGCUUCUAUCAUCUUCAAAUUGGCACAAAGCCGGAAUGUACGGUUUAGACUUUUCUGCGGCGGUGACUACGCCUGGGAAAGACCUCCGUAACCGGGCAAAUGGUCUUGGAAAACCGUCGCAUGUCAAUGGAGUUCUACACUCCGAUCUUUCAUUCAGAAAUACUUUUGCUGUGACAGGCAGGGAUGCUGGUGGUAAUUGGUGGCUCAACGGUGUCCUGCGGACGGAUGCAUGGGCUCUGGUUGAAGCUGAACUAGAGAAAAUAGAUGAUUGA